GACAUCACCAGUGAAAGAGUGGAGGUGACACCUCUGGGAGCACACUGGGCCCUGACUGUCGGCCCUGCCUGUCACGGGCCCUGCUCGCAGUUCGAUAUCGGCUAUGAGGGUUUACCUGGUUUUGUCUGUGCUCUUGGGUUGGGGCUGCAUAGUUGGCCCUCGAGAGACGAAGGCACAGCAGCCAGGAACGCCACUCUCCAACCAGGAGUACCGCCAGUUCUUCAAGUUCCUCCGGAUCACUCUCCAAGCCAGCACUGCUUGCCAUCUUCGUGAGCUGUAUGGCUGCCAGAACUCACUGGUCCAGACACUGGACAAGUACGAAAACCACGGAGUCAUCCCUCAAGGACCUGUAUGCUCCGAAAUGCCAGGAAAUCCUUUCUUCCCAAACUUCUGCACCUUUUCUUUUUAUCGCUGUAUUAAGAAAAAGUAUUUUCUUAAGAGGAUUGCAUGCCCAGGAGAGAGCAGCGCCAAGCUGCGCAACACAGCAGGCACCAAUGACAUUACCACGAGCAGUGAUGCCAUGUCAUCCAGAAACUCCGGUUCCCAGCCACUUUACCCCACAUCUCCCACAAGUACCCAUCCAGCUGACUCCAGCCCUGACACGGAAGUAUCUGUGACCCCCACCUUCUUACCUGCUGGCCCACAAACCACAGAGGCGACAGCCGGUGGCCAGCAGCUGCCACACAGUGACAUCGAGGAUCUCCUCCUCAGGCUGCUAGACAGCCAGGUGCAGAGCUCCCUGCAGACAAUGAAGUUGUUGUUGUCUGUUGGGAAGGCAGUGAAGGAAGAAGAGUUGCAGGAGGCUGCUGCAAGGCUGCUGGAGGCCCUGAACAAUGCAAAUGUGCCUCAAUCGCCAAACAACUGACACAGGUCAACAGUGUGGGAAAGAUAGGAAAAGCCACCUCUUCCAAGUGCAUGGGGAAACAGAGUCAUGUGAAAUGCUACUGCUCAGGAUUCAAAGAAAAAGAUGGUAUCCUCUUGGAAGUGAAUGCACUGAAAAGAUGCUGUUCUGUCCUGCAAAAACUGUUUGCUCACUAUUGUGAUGGUGCUUGUUGUGUCACUCAAGGAAUGUCAUGAGAGAAUGUUGUCUUUUCUUCAUUAAAUGUAGGUGCUUCUGUUCAAAAGUAUUAAGAGAAGAAUCUUCUUUGGAAGUAUGCAUGUGAAUAUACACAUAAAGAUACACAAGGCGUGCUCUCCAAAUGCAGGAAAGCCUUAUCCUGCAAGGGAACUGGUGGUCUAGCAUCCUCUUUGUAUUGGGGAUUGCACAUGGUUGACAUCUAAUUCCGCAGUGAUGCUAUGAAACACACAGGAUAAAUAUUCAUAUUAAGAGCCUCUCCUUGCCUCAGAAAAUCAGUCUGAUUUAUGGGGACCUUGGCUGAAGCGUUGUUCCUUUUCUAAACACUGAAUAUACCUGUAAGUAAAAUUGUGUCAAGCCAUUUGGAUCCAGCACCUGUUGACAAAAGCAGAGUGGGAAAUCUCUAGGAACCAGCUCUGCUUCUCUGAAUCUCCACUCAGAAUGAGUUUGGAGCUACCUCAAACU